UUGUGUGUAAUUAUAAUCACAACCAUUAAAAACUGAUACAGCAGUUGACAGGUUUAUCUCACUAGGUGUUAAAUGUACUCAAUUCCGUUUCCGGUCGGCCGUCAGCACAGUUCGGACUAAGGUUUCCUGUCCCAUUGACGAUAACACAUCUUUAAAGCAUGGCCGGGAGACGAGCUGCACUCAAGGCCAUUGACUGGGUGGCUUUUGCAGAGAGGGUGCCACCCAACCAGAGGACCAUGUUCAACAACCUGAAGACACGGAGCGAUGCUAUUUCUGCAAAGCUUGCCUCUCUGUCUGAGAAACCCCCUGCCAUUGACUGGAACUACUACAAGUCAGCUGUGGCUAAAGCAGGCAUGGUAGAUGAGUUUGAACAGAAGUUCAGCGCCCUGAAGGUUCCUGAGCCCAUAGACACACAGACAGCACUUAUCAACACUCAGGAGGCAGAGGCGAGCAAAACAGCUGCUGCCUACAUUGAGGCAUCCAAAGCUCGUAUUGCCCAGUAUGAAAAAGUGCUGGACAAGUUCAAGAACAUGAUUCCCUUUGACCAGAUGACCAUCGAAGACUUGAACGAGACUUUCCCAGAAACGAAGCUGGACAAAGUGAAACAUCCUUACUGGCCACACAAACCUAUUGCUGAACUGUAAAUGUACCACACUGAUAAAUUCUCAAACAUGUAUCUUCCAUUGAGGGAAACCUGUACAGUAUGUGUAUAAAAGCCCUGCUCAUUUGGGUGUUUACAAAAA